AUGGGGAACGAAGGAAGCACGGAAGGAGAGGGCGGCCAGCCGGGGCAACCUGGUUCCGCUGCUCCUACAGCGGGGGCUCCGGGUUCUAUUUCAGCACCGGCGGGGGCUGGACAGCUCAUCAAGCCGAGCAAUGGUGCGCCAGUCGGUGGCACCGGUGGCGGACCCGGCCCGGGGAUUAACAGAAAUCCUCUGACUGAUCCAGGGCCAAGUGUUGGUGCCGGGUCUAAACCGGGGGCCCCAGCCGCAUCUCCAGGGGGCCCAGGGCCAGGUGCCCCUCCUGCAGCCCAGCAGCAGGCUGCCCCCUCCGAGCAGCAGGGCAACGUGGCCCGCAAGACCCUGCAGGUGGACGUGGGCAGCAGCAAGACUGGCCGCUCGCCCGCCGCCUCCCCUGUCGGCAGCGCUCCGUCUUCGCCAUACUCCGUGCCCCAGAUCGCGCCCAUGCCCAGCAGCAAGCUGUGCCCCGUCUGCAAGACGGCCGACCUGACCGACCCCGCCACGGGCAAGCCGCGCGGCGACACCUGCACGCAGUGCAAGUCCCUGGUCUGCAGCCAGUGUGGAUUCAACCCCAACCCACACCUCACAGAGGUCCAAGAGUGGCUGUGUUUGAACUGCCAGAUGCAGAGAGCCCUGGGCAUGGACAUGACCACACCGCGCUCCAAGAGCCAACAACAGAUCCACUCGCCCUCCCACCAAGCCAAACCAGAACCCCAGGCCCAACCAACGCCCCCGGCCCAGGCCCAACCAAUGCCCCCGGCCCAGGCCCAAGCCCCGGCCCAAGCCCAACCCGGACCUCCAACACCUGCAGCCCAGCCUGCGGCCCAGCAGCCAUCCCCAGGCCCCAAACAGACUGGCCCCCAGGGACAGGGACAGGGUCACAAGCUUCCUGCCCCCGGUGCAGUGCCUCUCCCAGGCAUGGCAGGCAUGGCUAAAGCCCCGUCACAGCCCGACCUGUCCCGCUCGCGGCCCACCACCCAGGGUGGCGCCCAGGCUCGGCAGGACCAGACCCGCAGCGCCGGCAGCUCCCCAUCCCGCCAGCCCCCGCCCCCCCAGGAAGCGCCGUCCUUCGGGAAACUGUUUGGCUUCGGGGCGUCCCUGCUCAACCAGGCUAGCAGCAUCAUCAACAUGGACGCCACGGCUCCAGGGGGCCCAGGCGGCCCCGGACCCCCACAGCAGCAGCAGCAGCCGUCCCCUGCCAAAGGGCCCCCUAAGCAACAACAGGGGCCAGGUGCAAAACCACCAGGUCAACAACAGGGGCCAGGUGCAAGACCACCAGGUCAACAACAGGGGGCAGGUGCAAAACCACCAGGUCAACAACAGCCUCCUGCUGGCCAGCAACAGAAACAACAACCUCCUCUACAGCAGCAGAAGCCUCCAGACCCAGCGGCGGCAGCCAAGGGCAAGGCCAACUGCCCCCUGUGCAAGACGGACCUGAACGUGGGCAACACGGCGGAGCCACCCAACUACAACACCUGCACCCAGUGCAAGACACAGGUGUGCAACCUGUGUGGGUUCAACCCCACGCCACACCUGGUGGAGAAAAAAGAAUGGCUCUGUCUCACCUGUCAAACCCAGAGAGCCAUGUCCGGAGCCUUGGGAGAGCCUCCCACCCCUGGUCCUCAGCCAAUGGGAUCCCCAGCCCACGCAGCUUCACCCAACCAGCUGCAAGCAGGAACAAAGCCCUCAGGCCCCCAACAACACAAACCACCUGGUGCCCAAGUAAGUGGAAAGCAGGGGGGGCCUCAGAGCAAAGCUCCGGGCCAAAAACCACCACCCCAGUCCAGCAAACCUGGACAACCUUCCCCCAAACCUGCCCCUGGACAACCCUCCCCCAAACCUGCCCCCGGACAGCCCUCGCCCAAACCUGUCCAUGGACAACCCUCGCCAAAGGCCCACCCUGACACUCGAAAGCAACAGCCGCAGCAGCCAGCAAGUGUAAAACCAAAAGUAGAAAAAGAAAUAGUGAAAGCGUCUCCCAAGAAGGGCGCCCCAGAGGUCACCAGCGUAGUCAAAGAGCAAAAGAAAGCUAAUGACAUGCAGAAGUCUAAACACCAUGACGACUCAAACAAAUCCAGUACACACAGCCUGAGUGAUACAGGGUACUCAUCAGACGGCAUAUCUAGCUCCCACAGUGAGAUCACCGGCAUAAUCCAGGAAGAGGGGGUGAAGCUGAACGAGAGGGGGCAGCCUAUCAGUCACGUCAGCCCCUCCAGCCCCUCAGAGCUCACCAAGCUAGAGAGCUCCGUGAGGCCCCUACUAGAGUCAGAGGAUACUAAAGGUCAAGACAGGCCUGGCUCACUGACCAUAUCAAAGGACCAGCACUACGAUCCCGAUGAGGCUCGAGAACAAUCCUCCGACGAGCUCAGCUGUAAGCUGCGACACGACUACGUGGAGGACAGCAGCGAGAGCGGACUCUCCCCGCUGCCGGCACGCCAGAAGAAAUCGCAAAAAGAACUGACCGACGAAGAAUUCAUGAGGAGACAGAUCAUGGAAAUGAGUGCAGACGAGGAGGAAACGGGCGAAGGAGACGGGACUCAAAAAACGAAAAAGAAAACAAGCGGGGAAACGACAAAGGACAAACGCCGGCUCACACAGCAGUCCAGUAGUUUUGAGGAGGAGACUAAAGGGGGCGACGCCUACGGGGAAGGCAGUGAUGGUGUUGCUGCUGGGGGGCUGAGACGUUUCAAGACUAUUGAGUUGAACAAUUCCAACAGCUACAACCGUGACAUUGAGCUUAGCACAGAGCAUGACCUCAGAGAGCCCGAGCUCGAGAUGGAGAGUCUAACAGGGUCACCUGAGGAACGGUCGAGAGGAGAAUACUCCUCGACUUUGCCUGCCACGACCCCCAGCUACACCUCGGGCACCUCCCCCACGUCCGUUUCCUCCAUGGAAGAUGACAGCGACAGCAGCCCUAGUCGAAGACAGCGGUUAGAAGAGGCCAAACAACAGAGAAAGGCAAGGCAUCGCUCUCACGGCCCCCUUUUGCCCACCAUUGAAGACUCGUCUGAGGAAGAUGAGCUGAGGGAAGAGGAGGAACUCCUGAGAGAGCAGGAGAAGAUGAGGGACUUGGAACAGCAGAGGAUUCGAAGCACGGCAAGAAAAACCAAACGUGAUAAAGAAGAGCUCAGAGCGCAAAGACGGAGAGAGAGAUCCAAGACACCCCCAAGUAAUCUCUCCCCCAUUGAGGAUGCAUCGCCAACUGAAGAGUUGAGACAGGCGGCUGAAAUGGAGGAACUCCACAGGUCAUCCUGCUCUGAGUACUCACCUUCAAUGGACUCGGAGGCUGAGGGCUUUGAGGUGGGCGGCACAAAAAUCUACAAGUCAGGCAACCUGCCAACGUUCAUGUCUCUUUACUCUCCCACAGAAAAGCCCUCUGCGAUAUCACCAGGAUCUGACAAGAUACUGAAAAGUGCUGAGGAGGUUUAUGAGGAGAUGAUGAAGAAGGCGGAGAUGACACAGCAACAACAACCAGGACGGCCAGGCCAACAACAACCGGCCAGUGCUGCUCAACCACCCGGCGGUGUUCAGAGGCAACAGCAAGGGUCACCUCAAUUAGGCAGAGACAGGCAACAUCUAGACGCUGAACCAAAAGUUCUGACACCAGGCUCAAGUCCUACUCAGAUCACAGCCCCUGUGUCACUGCGGGACCCAGGAGGUGCUGGUCGAGGAGCCCCCAGACCACAGGGAGCGCCACAGCCCAGAGGCCCACCAGGAGGUCCGCAGGCUGGUAUGAGGCAACCAGGGCCUGGCAUGGCAGGAAGGGGACAGGGCUAUGCUGGACCAAGAGCUCCUAGUCAGCCGGCGCCCCAAGCACCAGCCCCUGAUGCUGGGGGAUCUUUGUCAUCAAAGAUGUUUUCAUUAUUUAAAGGUCCCAGUCCUACAGCAUCCCCUUCGACUUCACCCACUCACAGUCCCAUUCGCUCUCCUGUGCCCACCACACAUGCUGCGCCUGUACCUGCACAGGGGUCCCAAAUACCACAACGAAGCGCAGCCCCACGCCUAGCAAGACAACAGUCCUCUCAAGAGUCACCAACCCGAACUCCUGAGCCUAGUAGCCCUGCCAAACCGAUGACAGUGAACUCCUCUACGUCCCCUCUGACCUCGCCUACAAGACGUCAGCUGCCAUCAGCUCCCUCACAGUCCCCAGGGUCCAGCUCUCCCACGUCCCCUCAGUCCCACCCUGCGUACCAGUCUAGCGCACAAAGAGCCCAAACUGCUGAAAGAGUUAAUGUCGGCAUGAGCACGGUCACGGCCACGACUUCCUAUAACCGUGGUUCAGUGCCUGCUGAAAGCAUUUCCCUUUGUCGAAUCUCAACAGUCCCAGGAACCACGAGGGUGGUAGAGCAGAGUCAAAUGCAGGCGGGCAGCAAUGUGGUUGACCUUCGAGCCCCCAUGAAGCCUACUCCAAUCAUCAUGACAGAUCAGGGUAUGGACCUAACAUCCCUGGCAACUGAUACUAGAAGAUAUUCGAUUGGUUCAGAGAACAACCCCACUCGCCACACUGCAGUUCAGCCUCUAAUCAUGAAUCUGAAUUCUCAAGAGCAGGGUCACAGUGCAACAACCCCAACAACUGUAAGCGUAACAGUUGCAGCUUCCAUGUUCAUAUCCCAGCCAAAAACACCUGUAGUAUACGGAGACCCUCUCCAGAACCGUAUGGAUCUGGGUCAAGGGGUUGGUGCGGCUGUUUGUUUGACACAGACCAAGCCGGCAGUUGACCCAACCAUUCCCAAAAUCGAUGCCUGUUUAGAAGACCUGGGUAUUCAGCAACAGGAGUUACAAAAGCAGCAACAGAAACUGCUGCAGCAACAGCAGCUCCUUGAACAGCAGCUGCAACAGCAUCAUCAGACAUCUUUUGCCCGUUACAACUUGGCAAACCAAGUGCAGCCUAUUCUUUUGAAGAAAGAUCUGGUGGUGAGUCAGGCCAGCAGUGGGAAUGUAGUGACUGUCAGUGCCAUCCCCAGAGUGUCUCCUCUCCCUCCACAGCCCUCACCUGGAAAUGGCUCUGCCUCGGCCGCUCCUACACUUCCACAUGACAUAUAUGGAGGGGUGGCACUGGAACUGAAAAACAAGCCAACAGUUGUGAAUCUCUCGUCGGGUAAACCACAUAUGAUGGUGGUGCAACUAGAUGAGAAUAAUGCUUCCCAAGGAUCUACAGUGACACAGCUUGUGAAACAGGAAGAGCCUCCUGCACCACCACCACCACCACCUGCUCCUGAAGUUCUUGAUCUUACUGGCUCUCAAAUAAAACCAGAGAACCAGCCUGCUUGCUGUGAUGUUGUCUACAAGCUGCCAUUUGCCGGAGGCUGCUCAGGUUCAGUUGUUCAGAGGCCCACUGGUGGAACCUCAGACCAAACUCCUACUGGUGAACCCUCUCAAACAACCAAUCCUGCUCCUGGACAACAAUCCCAGCCAAUGGCCUUCAAGCCACCUGGGCAGGCCACUGAACAGCAGAAGCAAUAUAGUACUUUACCACCUCCUGGACGCCUGCAGCCAUCAAUGUCAGACACUAACCUGGCAGACCCAGGACUUCAGUACUACCAAAGGGUUGAUCCUGGUGAUCUUGCCGUAGAUUUGUCUUCCAUGAAGCAGGCAUACGAGCAGGCUUACCUUGGUAUGGGAGCACAGUACGGAUCUUACACAGACCUACGGCACCAAGGUGAUGUUGCAGCUCCACCCAUACCGCUGAGGAGGUAUGGCUCCCUGUCCAACCUCAAUGCAGACUAUAGUGGCUAUUCUAAUCGCGACAUGGCCGGCUUUCAAGAACCCAAUCUUGCACAGUACAGUGCCACCACGGCCAGAGAGAUUGGCCGCAUGUGUGCUGCCCUUAACUCCAUGGAUCAAUUUGGGGGCCGCUAUGCCAAUAAUCCAGAGCUUCUCCAGUUCGCAGCUAGGACGGGAGGUGGGCCAGUGGGAAGACUCAACCUUCAGCAGGGUUUGGCAUCUAUCAGAGCCAAUCUCUUGUAUGGACUUGAUGGUAGGCCAGCUAUACAGGGUCCAACACUUACCAACCUUAUUAGUGCUAGACAAGCAAGCCUGAGGGCUCUGUACCCAGGGGGAAUGAGGGGACCAGAUGGCAUGACGUACUCCACUAUCAACACUCCAAUAGCCUCCACUUUGCCAAUCACUACCCAGCCAUCCUCUGUGAUGAGGCCCAUGGCACCACCAGGAGUAUAUAGACCUCCCUAUCCACCAACCAAUGUAACUGCUGUACCCUUGGCAAGCCUCGCCAGGUUGCCUCAGGUGGUUCCAAGGAUGCCUCUUCCCCCACAAACUCCUUAUGGAUAUCCAACUCCUACUCCAGCUCCAGCUCCAAAUCGUUACCCAACAACUAUCCCUGUGAGCAUGCCAGAAUCACGCACACCCACUCAAGACGCACCGAUGUACCUUGGAAAGCCUGCAGGGGCUGCGACAGCCUCUACGGCCGCACCUGUUCAACCUGUCACCCAUUUAACCUACACCACUGGGAUGUCGCCCCAGUCUGCACCGGCCACUAACCAGCUCGUUCCUCCUUCACACUUUCCUAGCGAACCUCAAAUACAGUCCCAGGUUCGUCAGCAAGCACCAUCGCAAGUCCAAUCUCAAAUACAACCGCAGGCACAUCCAUCAUCCAAUACAGCUGUCACUUCUGGUGCCACCACUGAGAAGGGCAAAGAUGAAGACCCCUUGAAACAGCAGCAAGACCAAAUGCUGACUUUUGAACGAGAGCGUAUCGAAUUGGAGAAGCUUAGACAAAUGCGGCUACACGAAGAACUGGAGAGAGACCGCAUCGAGCUUCAGCGUCACCGAGAGAAAGAGCAGCUCGUUGUCCAACGCGAGAUCCAUGAACUGCAAAGCCUCAAACAGCAGGUUAUACAGCAGCAGCAAGCCGAAAGAGAAACUCAGCUGGUCAUGCAAAGGGAACAGCUGGCCCAGCAGCGGAUGCAGCUUGAUCAAAUCCAGUCCCUGCAGCAGCAACUACAGCAGCAACUGGAGGAACAGAAAAGGCAAAAGACGGCAGCGGUGGAGGCAGCUGCUGCUGCAGCAGCAGCUGAGGCCGCCGCAGCAUCCGCAGCUGCUGCUGCCGCAGCCACCACUGCACAAGGAGCCAUUCAAGGCCUAGUGGUUGGUGGAAGAAUGAUCAACCAAGACGGGCAGAGCAUGCAGUUUUGGCAGCCCUACAUGGACAACCAGGCAAUGCAGGCCAUGAUUGCCUCCAGGUCCCAGAUCCCAAGCUCGGCCUCCGAAAUGUCCCUGAAGAACGAGGAUGGUGGAGAUGGGAGGGUGAUGAGAAAGCAGAACUCAAUGCCACGCCUUGGCUCAGAGGAGGACCCCGUCAAGAGGAUUGCUGACAGCUGCGUUCAGACGGACGACGAGGAAGGUGACGAAAGGUACAUGGGGAGACGCAGCAGGUCCAGCAGGUCCAGACGUAACGUUGACUGCAGCGUACAGACUGAUGAGGAGGACCAGGGAGACAUGGAGCAGCCAGUGCGACGCAGGCGAUCAAGGCUCAGCAAACAUUCAGACAGCUCAGACAACAAGGGGGUUACUUCAAGCAUCGCAAUCCAAACAUCCAAUGACUCCUCGUGCCAGACCGAGCCAGACCAGCUGGGCAGAGUCUCACCAGCCAUUCAUAUCACCAUGGCGGAGACAUCCAAGGUGGAGCUCCUGCACUACAUCUCUGCUCCGGAGAGGACUCAGAAAGGUGAGAGCCUGGCCUGCCAAACGGACCCAGAGGCUCAGUCUCAAGGUGUGGUGGCACCGCAGCUGAGCGUUCCCACCACCGUCAGUCCUUACACCACCAGCCUGCAAAUGGUCGGCUCAACGCAAUCCAAAUUCGAAAGGAGGAAACCAGACCCGCUGGACAUCGGCUACCAGCAGCAACCUCCACAGCCGAGCGAGUCUCCGUCACGGCAGCCCCCCAAGUCCCCUCAGGUGCUCUACUCGCCUGUCUCCCCACUGUCCCCACACCGAAUGCUGGAGACCACCUUUGCCUCCAGCGAGAAGCUCAACAAGGCCCAUGUGACACCACAGCAGAAGGCCUUCACCGCAGAGUCUCCGCAGAAGCACCAGUCCAUUCCGAGACCCAUCAAGAGUGUUCAGCGCUCCAUGUCCGACCCCAAACCCCUCAGCCCGACGUCGGAGGACCCGUCCAAGACCCGCUUCUCCAUGUACUCCAACCAAACUCUACCUGGUAGUCAGAUGUCCGCCCUGCAGCAGCAGCAGCAGCAGAACUCCCUGAUGAGGAAGGUGAAGCGCACCCUCCCCAGUCCUCCCCCGGACGAGGCUCCCAUGCCCAUCGUCACCCCAGCCAUGACCCACAUGUACGGCUCCCCGGGGCCCAUGGCCGGCAUGCACCACCAGCGGGUGCUGCCCAGACCCGCGGGCCCGGGCGUGAUCACCAAGGCGGGUCUGCUUCACGAGCUGAAGGCCGUGGAGCAGGAGUCCUCCAAGCUGCGCAAGCAGCAGGCCGAGCUGGAGGAGGAGGAGAAGGAGAUUGACGCCAAACUGCGGUAUCUGGAGCUGGGCAUCAACCAGCGCAAGGAGACGCGGGUGAAGGAGCGGGAGAGGAGGGAAGCCUACAUGAGGUCCAUGGGGGACCUGAAGGACUACAUGUCGGAGAGCGAGCUGAACAGCUUACAGCUGGGCAGUCUCACUGGUCUGUCCAGUGGCUAUGAGGGGAAUGGGCUGCUUGCGAGGCCCAGCACCGCGCCUAUGAGUCAGUACACCAGUGCUGACCACCUGGCCGCUGCUUCUCAGUACCCGGCAACAUCUUCCUAUGGGACGUACCCCUACCAACAGAGCCCGUCCUCAGCCACCCAGCAACCCACUGUAGGUUAUCAUCAGGUUGGCUUCCAGCCUCCGCAGUACCCGACAGCCUCGCAGCCCCAGCCUGGUACCUUCCAGCCUCACCCCCAGCCCUCCACCUACCAGGCCCCAGGCUCCUUCGCCAGCUAUGGGUCCACCUACACUCCAGACAUGUCAGGACACUCGGGUUUCCAGCCUGCACCGGGUUCGUCGACCAGUCUUCCCUACCCGACCCAGGGCAUGGCUUUCCAGCCAACUGGUGACUUGCUCGGCGUUCACCAGAGGCCCAGGCAGACAUCUCUGGCCGACCUAGAACAGAAGCUUCCCACCAACUAUGAGGUCAUCAGCAACCCCACAGUGUCCGUGGCUGCCUCGGCGGUUCAGGAUGUUGGCUUCAGUGGCUCCUACGCAUCAACGACAAUGUCCAGCACGGCCUAUGGGCAGUACAGGCCGCCAGAGCAGACCCUGUCCGAUCGCAUCCCGAGCCCCACGUCUGCAUACGGAACGGACAGUCUUGGCUACACCACCAACCUUGAGCAGAGCGUCCCCAGGAACUAUGUUAUGAUCGACGACAUCAGUGAACUGACGAAAGAGAACAUGGGGCCUGGCGUUGACAGUCUCGGACAUCCUACCACCGGUCGCUAUGGCGAGAACGGUCCGUCUUCUCGAGGAAGUGGAUAUGGAGGAGAAUACGAUGACCCUUACAAUAGGUCCAAGGGCACCACUGGGUACCAUCAGCAGCAAGGUGCAGUCGACAGCCACGGCAGGCCGACCACCACUUCGAGUUCCUCCUAUUACUACGACGACUACAACAAACACUCUUCCGGGGGUCGCGGGGGGGUGCCGUCUCAGAGACACUCUUCCAAGAACCUGGGGCCUGCUGUCGUCUCCUCCAAGCGCAGCAAACACCGAAGCAAAGGCAUGGAACAGAAGGUGUCCAAAUUUUCUCCCAUUGAAGAGGCGAGGGACGUGGAGUCGGACCUAGCGUCCUACCCGAUGACCACCACCUCUGGCGGCAGCGGCACGGGAAGAACCAAGAAGCUCCAGGAGGACUCGUACGGCUUCAAGAAGAGCGUGUACGACGACGGCACUUACUACGGCUCCAGUCAGGAAGGCCUGGUGGACGACCACAUGUAUGGCUCGGGACGAUCGCGCUCCACGGGCUACGGCAUGGACAAGAUCUCCUCCCGGGACUCAGCCGGCUACCGGAGCAAGUCGUACGAGCGGGACAUGAUGGAGCGCACCCAGCGGGGUACCAGCCGCAGCGGCGGCGGCGGCCGCAGCUCCAUGCGCCCCCAGAACUCCGAGGAGGAGAGCCCGCUGAGUCCCGUCGGGAAGCCCAUGGGAGUCGGUCGAGGCACGGUGGGAGGAGUCGACCCGCACGACGUCCGGAACCAGUACGGCUCCACCCACUCGCUUCCGGACGUGCAGGACCACCAUGGCAAGGACGUGCCCAGGAGCCAUGUGUACAAACCGGAUGACCCUUACCUUGUAGAUGACAUGCACUGCGCUGUCUCUGACAGUGAAGCGUAUCACUUGGGUCAGGAAGAGACCGACUGGUUUGAGAAGCCGCGUGAGGCUCGGAGCAGCCGUUCCCGCCAUCACCACCACGACGGCAGUGGCGGAGGAGGCCACUCCUCGUCCGGCCGCAGGAGCGGCGGCAACGUUAAGCACACCUACCACGACUACGACGAGCCACCCGAGGAGGACCUGUGGCCUCAGGACGAGCACGGACAACCCAGGCAGCCGUCUUCGUCACGGGAACACCGUCACCACGGCAGCGGCGGUGGCAGUUCCGGAAGACACUCGUCCCGGCAUGCCUCCGACGAGCCGCGUUCGUCUCGCUCUUCGCGGUCGCAUCCCAAAGACCCGUCGUCCUCCUCUCGAUCUGGGGAAGGCCGCGGAACCUCCAGAGACGGGCAGAGACGAGGCGAGUCCAGAUCCUCUCAGGGUGGCGGUUACCGUGACGGCGAGCAUCCCAGGGAUCCCGGACACCAUCACGGCUCGGGAGGUCAGAGAGGGCAGCGGCAGCCCGGGUCGUCCCGACGACAGGACCCAGACUCCAGGCAACAGCAGCAGAGCUCCGCUGGACCACCACCUCCAGGACAGCAGCAAAGCCACCGCUCUACCCCUGACCAGCAGCAGCAGCAUCCUCAGCAGCAGCAGCAUCCUCAGCAGCAGCAGCAGACGGGUCGACAGACUCCACAGAGCGCUCAGCAGGCACCGCCACAGCAGCAGCAACAGCAGCCAGCUCCAAGCACCACAGCCGCCCCUGCAGGCCAAGGCCAGGGCACCGCCCCUGCUCAGCAGCAGGCCAGAGGGGGCCAGGCAGCAGCAGGGCCAGGACAAACCCAGCCAGCAGCUGCAGCCGCCAGCCAACCACCUGCAGCGGCGAAGCCCCCUGCCACAGCUACACCACCGCCUGCUACAGCGAUCGGGGCUAAAGCUGCCCCUGCACAGGCUGGAAAACCACCUACCAUGCCUGCUACUGGCAUAGGUUCCAAAGCGGCCCCCAGGCCUGGUGGCAUCGGCAGUGCGUCCGCCACACCGCCCCCUGCUGACGACAACGUGCUCACCAAGAUGCUACAGGGGGGAGCAGCGGAGCAGGCAGGCAAACUGGGAGAUGCUCUUUCUGGUCUGGGGAAGAAGUUCACCUCGUUCUGGUGAGCUGCUGAGAGGAGGAUGAGUGAAGAAAGAGAGAUAAAUAAGUAUCAGUACUGGAAAAAAGGACGCCCAAUGAAACUGUUGUUUUCGUCAUUUCACAUUACAUUUCUGGGAAGGAGGAUGCCUGGCGAGAAGGCAUUUUCUUUUUACUGGUUUAUGAGGUGGGAUUGGACUGCCUGUCUGUCUGUCAGCCUGGGAGUGAUAACAUCUGCAAUGAAAGGAGGAGGAUGCUUUGCUGUGCUGUGCAGUGCAACAGCGUGGUAUGGUGUGGUGUGGUGAAGUGCGGUUCGUUCGAGGGCAACAGCCCACCCAACCUCUGUCUCCUCUUGGCUUCACUUCGUCUCCCUCGUCCAUCCUCCUGGGAGGUGAUGUGAUGGCUCCACUGCAGCUGCUUGUCACUCAAUGCUCUGCAGCAAGCAGAAGACAAGGAAGAAGCAUGCACAUGUCGUGCCGUCUGUACCAUAGGUAAUGCAUGUUUUUCAGGUGGCCCAGGUGAGUUCACACAAGUGGGAUUAAUGGAGCUUUGAUAAUGGCAGAGCGGUCUCUUAGUCAGCACACGCGGAUGCCGCACAGGUGAAGACAGAAGAAGACACAGGCUCAUGGGAUGCAUGCUUUUUGUUACCUGUGAAGCUGUGGUCUUUGAGAAGAUGGUAGGCUUCACUUCAA